CUAUCAUUUACGCGUCUUGUGCAUCUACCGCGUCCAUUGCCAAUCUGCAUAGUCGUCCAAUAAUAUGGACCCUUACACUCCACGAAUGCGUCCAGGAGGCCGCAAGAAGAAUCUUGGUUUAUCUGCAAAAGAGUAUACCAAGAUCACCGGCACUAUCGCUUCUGUUCGCAGAAAUAGACAACUGAGCGACGAUAUCUACGAAGAUCCAGAUGUUCGCGUGCACUCAUCACGAGAAAGCCGUAGCAAAAGCCACGAGCCGUCAUUCAUCGCCGAAACUUCGUUCGUGCGCGCACCAUUGAACUCGCGAGUUGGCGCAUCUUCUUCGAUACCUAAGGUGAAGGGAAAGGGAAAGGAAGAUGUCUUGGACAAUCUUCCCGUGGAUAUACAAGAGGCUUUGAUUUUGGAGGAUCUUCUCUACGUUUUGAUGGGCAUCGAGGGAACAUAUAUUUCCCAUCAUCCUGAAUACUCGCCAGAAGAUGAUGACCCACUCAAGGGAAUACUUUUUGUUUUGUCCUCCCCGCUAGAUUCGUCCCUUCGAGACCUAACGGAACGGAUAGUACCGCUCGGCACUUACUACACCGCUAUCUCCUCUUUUGUUGAGAGCCGCAGCCACCUCGAUUUUGGGCUUGUCAAUCAUGCACUCUGCGCUGCCAUCCGGGACAUGCUCAAGGACUACCAAACUCUCCUAUCUCAACUCGAACAUGCAUUCAACACCUCACCGCAAUUUAGUCUACAGAAAUUAUGGUUCUACGUCCACCCAACAGUGCAUACCCUAUCCCUUAUUUAUCAGCUCAUCCUUGAACUCGCUACUACCGAUGACGACGACGCCUCCUCAUCAUCGUCUUCUUCUGAGUCUGAUCCAGAGCAGGCAGCACGAGACGAAGCACUUGGGCUCGGCGGGGCGAAGCUGAAGGCCGUUCUGUCUGACAUGAAGAAGAGCACAUCAGAUGCACCUAUCAAUGUGAAGGGUGGUGAAGUGCUAACGGUGAUAUAUGAGCGCAUGCAGACCAUGUCAGGCGACCCCACCGCGGUCAAGGUAUACGGCACUCUUCUAACUGCAGCGGGGGUGCCCUAUGUCGAGAUGCUCAGGGUAUGGACAACUACGGGUCGUCUCGAGGACCCAUACGAGGAACUGUGUGUCAAGGAGAGCAAGUUCAUCAGUAAGGGCAUUUUGGAAGUGGACUAUACGGACGAGUAUUGGGAGAGGCGAUAUACGCUUCGCGAUGGUUCUACCCUUUCUUCGAAGCGCCAGCAUACAGGUGUUCCACCCCCACGUACUGCUGGAGGACGAUUACCCGGUGGCGCCUGUAUACCGCCCCUUCUAGAGGGUUGGAAACACAAGUUUUUACUUGCAGGUAAAUAUCUCAACGUGAUACGUGAAUGUGGGAUCGAGGUGCAAGCCGAUCAGAAGGAUAUAACGAAAGAGUCGCUGUCCAUGGAAGAUGAAAAGCUUUACAAAUUCAUCGAAGACGCGUACACACACGCGAAUCGCACACUCCUACGUCUCCUGCUGCAAGAUCAACAGCUCAUACCUCGGCUCCGCUCUCUCAAGCGUUAUUUUUUCCUGGCCUCCUCAUCGUUCCUCACCCACCUCUUAGACCUUGCCCACUUAGAACUGAAGAAGCCCGCGAAAGGUGUCAGUAUCGUUAAGCUACAGAGUCUCCUCGACCUUGCACUUACAGGGGAAGAUGCCGCAUUCCGUGAAGAUGUGCGAGUCAGCAUCGCGAGCAGCGGAUUGUAUGAAUGGUUACUCAAGGUCAUCAGCGUAAGCGGCGUGAUUGGCGGUGAGGAAGGCGAAGGCGUGCCAGAUGAAGAAGCAAAGAAGGAUCGCGACCGGGAAAAGGAUGACAAGAAGCCUAUGUUAGCGAUUGAUGCCCUUACACUCGACUACAACGUGAAAUUCCCGCUUUCACUCGUCAUCUCUCGCAAAACGAUCUUGCGUUACCAGCUCCUCUUCCGCUUUCUCUUACAUCUCAAACAUGUGGAGCAAUCGCUCGCAUCGAUGUGGAUAGAACAGAAGACGAGUCCCUGGCGGCGUUCCGUGCCUAACCACCCCGAGUUCGAGCAGUGGCGACUGCGAGUCGCACUCCUGAGAGCUCGUAUGCUCGCUUUUGUUCAGCAAAUACUGGCUUUCACGACAUUCGAGGUUCUUGAACCUAACUGGCGGGCGCUAGAGGCAAAAUUGGCCAAGGUAACUACUGUAGAUCAACUUCUGAGGGAUCAUGUAGACUUUCUGGACACGUGCCUGAAAGAAUGCAUGUUGACGAGUGCCAAACUGCUGAGGGCGUACUCACGCAUGAUAGUGACGUGCUCUACGUUCGCGCUGUACACCUCCUCCUUCACCAAAUCCGCCAAUCAAGCGCUUGCAGCAGUGGAGAGUGGCGACGGCGACCAGGCGAUGAACAAACGCUGGGAAUUUCUGAAGAAGUUUGAGUCUAACUUUAACCACUGGUGACAAGUUUCAUCUGGACUGCGUGCAGUACUACGCGUCAAGUGAGAAUGUAUCGCUGCUUCCUCUUGUGGUGCGGUUGAGUAGCAUCAAGGCCAUGUCAUAGCCUCAGCUGAAUCGAUGAGAAGUUGCUGGGGUACUGCUGUUAUUGUUGUAUGUUGUUCUUCUAGCCAUGCGCAAUAUAUAUGUUGCUAUAUGCUAUUGCUUAGGAUGUGAGGAACGCGUAGUCUCCCGUAGUAAGACCAUUCAAGACAAGAUAGUUAUUCG